CGCACAGUAGGUGGGAACGUUGUUUUUCUGACCUAAUGUUUUGCGGAACACAAAUAGUGUAGCACAAGGCUAGCGACGUAGCAUCUAGCAUUUACUUGGAGGAGAUCUUUGAAUAAGUUUUGUCCAGUAGACUAUGGUGUGAUGCAGUGAAAUGGCUGGUCGUAUUCCUCUGGUUUUGCUGGCCUGUGGCUCCUUUAACCCCAUCACCCAUCAGCACAUGAGGCUGUUCGAGCUGGCCAGGGACCACAUGCACCAGACGGGUCUGUAUCGUGUGGUGGGUGGCAUUGUGUCUCCUGUCAGUGAUGGUUAUGGUAAACAGGGUCUUGUUGCUUCGAAACACCGGCUCACUAUGGCAAGACUGGCCCUGCAGAGCUCUGACUGGGUUACUGUCAAUGACUGGGAGAGCCAGCAGUCUGAUUGGACAGAGACCGUGGUGUCAAUGAGGUACCACUACAGCCGCAUAGCAGCUCAGUACCAGCAAAAAUCAGGAGAGUGCAAGAACCCGUCCACAAAUAAGCAGCCAGACUCAAACCACUAUCAGCUUGGAUGGAGAUAAACUGGUGGGUAUGCAGAAAGGGGAGAUUGAGGGGAGGGGCUGGACCCACUGGAUUGAGGGAAAUGAACUUCACUUGAUUGGCUAAUUCUGCUCAUUUACUGUAUGUUGUCUUUGCUAUGAUUCUUUACCAGGUAUAAUAGUUUUGCAUGCAGAUGUUCAUCAAGUAUUUAUCAGUAUAUAUACAUGUAACCGAAAGAAUAAAGCAUAAGAUUUGAAAACAUAAUAAAAAUUUUUGGGGUGGGAAGUAGCAGAUGGCAGGGGAAAAGCUUUUCUCAAAUCUCAACUACUCUGUGCCACAUGAUGAUGCACCUCAAAUAGCACAAUGCUGACAAACUGGGUACUUUAGUGCAGUUGAACUUGGUUUAAAUAAUUCUAAUGGGUGUCAAACACCAUCAUUAAGAUUUGAUAGGAUUUUUUAAUGAAUUUGAUGGGUGAGGCUAAUAACAACAGAUGUUUGGCUUCAGCGAUGUGUCCGAUCAUGCAAAUCAAGCUAAAUACCCUUCCUGACUGUGCUGCCUUACUAUUACCAAUGAACUGGACAUUACUGACACCAGCUGGUUACAUGUAUUAUACAUUUUCCUGUUGUGCUGAAUGAUAAUUUUAGGGCCAAAAUUAAAUUUUAAUACUGAUGAAAAAAACAAGCCUAAGGUGGUUAGCUGGUCUUCCCACCUGGCCAAGCUGGUCUGUUUUUAUAGUUCUAGAGGACACUUUUCAGCUGGUUUGGAGAAGGCUUGGAGAAGUUAGAGCAGCUAAAACCAGCAAACCAUUUUUGCUGUCCUUUUCUGCAUAUCACUGCCCCCUUCCACCGUUUUGUGGCGCAUUCUGCAUAACGUGGUGGCUCUUACGGCCCCAUUUCAAAAGUCCCGGUUCUCCCAGUGGCCAGUCCGCGCCUGCUUUUGGAGCUUCAAAGUUUUGGCCACCAUUCACUUGCAUUGUGUGGACUUACAGAGCUUAAAUAUUCUUCUAAAGAAUACUUGUUUGUGUUCUGCACAAGAAAGAAAGUCAUACACAUCAGGGAUGGCCUAAGUGUGAGAAAAUGAGAGAAUUUUCAUUUUUAAAUGAACUGUUCCUUUAAACUGGUUUAAGAAUUUUUUGAAAUAGACAAACCUGUGAUUGUUUGUCGCAGUCCAGGAAUGUUUGUUCAAAGGCUUCACGAGUAACAACUCCAGUGACUACCCUUCAUAGAUGUUAUUUACAUCAGCAAACACCUUGAUAAGCUACUUUUUAAUUAAACCAUAAAACAACAGGUGCAUCAAGAUAUUGUCAUGGACACAACAAGCAAGAGUUUUCACUCAAGACUGGGAGCUUCUGUGUAUAUAAAAGUAAUUAGACUCCAGAGGGGUUGUGCAGAAGGAAAAAUAGUGUGACGAAUGCGAGUGCCACCCGGCUGCUGUCGCUCUGAUUGAAGAGCCUGACAGUCUCUUGGGUUCUGAGCAUGGCAGGGUUUGCUUUCCCUCCCAUCAUGCCUCUGAUUGAAUCCACAAAAGAAUAUAUAAAUCUGUGAAAUAAAGAGAAAUGAAUUGAGUUUCACCGUGUUUGCAAGUGCUUGUUUGUACUGUCAAAACACAAGUUUCAUAAUGCCAUAUCAACAAGAAUGCAAACCAAACAUUGCAGCCAUAUUGCAUUUGCUUUGAACAAUUCAGGGUGCCAUGUUCACUUUUCAUAAUUGCUAUGAUAUGCUUUAGUGAUUCUGAAGUAUUACAUGGAUAUUAAAGAGAGAGUUCACCCAAAAAUGAAAAUUCUCUCAUUUACUCAGGGUAAUGUUGUUCCAAACCUGUAUGAGCGUCUUUCUUCUGUGGAACACAAAAUGAGACAUUAGGCAGAAUGACAGCCUCAGUCACCAUUCACUUUCAGUGCUUUUUUCCCCCCAUACAAUGAAAGUGAAUGGUGACUGAGACUGCCUAACAUCAUCUUUUGUGUUCAACUGAUGAAAGAAGUCAUACCGGUUUGGAACAACAUAAGUGAGAUCAUAGAAUUUUCCUUUUGGGGGUGAACUAUCCCUUUAAUAAUUUAAUCAAGCCACAUCCAUACAGGACAUUCAUUUAUAAUGAAUGGAACAUAAUUAGAAUGAACAAGUUUUGAAACAUCUUUAUGUUAACUUUAACUUUAUUUUGGUGGCCCAAAGCAUUUUUAUUUUAUUUUAUUUUUUUAUUUUUUAUUUUUUUUUGGGGUGUUGCCUUUGCUGAAAAUAGUGGUCUUUUUGCAAUAUACCCAUGAUCCUCUCACACCCUGCAAAAAUACACAAGAUAACCUGCCCAGCAAAAAAGGAAAGCAUAGCAAGGGAGAAAAUCCAAGAGCAUUCGGUGCUGCAAACAAACAUUUGAACAGGCUUUGAAAUGACUAAGCUGUAUGUUGAGCUGGCUAGAAAAGGGCACAUUGACAGUUAAAAAUAGCCCAAAAGGACACUGCAAUCAUUUUGUCCACAGCAGCCUGCAUUGCAUCAAUAACCUGGUUCAUGUUCAGCAUUGCUUGUACAGUCUGUCACCUUCAAACCUUUGGCAGAUUGUACAAGCAAAACAAUCUCUUCUAUAUCUUUUAUACCAGAUUUACCAUCAAUUCACAUGAAAAACACAACCCAUGGCUAUCCAUAAAUCUGUGAUCAAACAAGUUGAAACAGAGCUUGGUUACACCUUUAGAGGAAAUGUUUAAAGACUUUUGGCUUUAUAACACAUGUAAUCUUAUCCUUACAUCUAAGGCGAAGUUCACUUUAGAGUGUAGGGUGCAGAAUCUUGCAAGUAUGAUGAACAUACCCUGUGAACAUACAGGCAUUCCAUUGCAGGAAAACAGCAGCAUUGGAUCUCUGGUACCCAAGCAACUUUCACUGGUUCAAGAAAUGUUACACUUUAAUUGAAAAUGCCAACUGAUAACAACGAGUAUUGAAAAAGUAUCACAAAUGAAAACUCUAAUGAGCACCUGAACGCUCUCUGUGAGUCAACUAUGGACUUGAAAAAGCUGUGAAGCUUUUGUGGUCUUAAUUAACAUUAUCAUUGUGCAGCACUAUAAAUCCUUCAGAGUCACCGUAUAAUCCCACCAAUAAUUAACAAUGAAGAUAAUUAAAAUGUAACAGAUCUCACUUGAUCUUUUUACAUAUACAGCAUAUGCAGGCCUAUAUACACAGUAUACACAUAUUGACAUGCAUACUGUACUGAUAAAAUCAGUGCCAUAUAAAUUACCUAUUCGUUUUCAAACAGUCUUUGAAAUGUAAAUUCACACCCUUGAAGUAACAGAAAAUACACAUGCACUGCAAGUAAUCUCACUUUGGUUUUGGCUCCCAUUGCUGGGAAACAUAAAUGUUUCUAUUAGGAAUAUUGCCACCUUGAUGAAGCCAACAACAACAUCACUCAGAAUGGAGAUCACUUUAUCAACAAGAUGAUCAGCACAUUCAAGAACUAUGAUAUUGAUUUUGUUGGGGGCCAUAGGAUGAUGACAGUAUGGUGAUUAUAUAAUCCUGUAUUUUCUAAUUCUUUCCGAUUUUAAUUAAAAAGCACUUCUGUCUUCAACAGGUUACAACGGUGCCCUUGUUUUCACUCUUUAUUGACAUGCUGUGUAUGCUCCUGCCUUAUGAAAUAUAAUAUGACUGAACUGUCCAACUCAGCUUGUGUGAUUUUCAUUUAUGCAUUUAUGCAAGUUAACAUGAUAUGCUGUUCACAACCCAUUUUACUUUCAUGUGAGUUAUUUAAUUCCAAUAAUGUGCACCGAUGCAUCAUGCACAAUAAGACCAGGAAUGUGCAUUAAGAAACUAAUUAGGGUGCAUUUUGAUGUCAAGUUGACUUUAAAUAUCCAUCAAUUGGAUGAAGACAAUCCAAAUAUUCAAUGUUGCAUAAUACAAUGAAUAAAGCAGCAUUCAGCACCAUCUGAUUGUCACAUAUUCCCUGUUUUUGUGUUGACUUUUAUGUUGAAAUUCUUGUUUAGUUCCUGUUUCCUGUUAGUUUAUAGUCCUUUUGUAGUUUCAUUUUCCUCUGAUUGUUUUCCCCAGGUGUUCCUCGUUUCCUUGUUUGCCCAUGUGUAUUUAAGCCCUUGUUUCCCCUGGUUUCUUUGUCAGUCUUCACAUAUGUUGUCAUGUUCUGUGCUUGGUUUCCUGUGAUUUUGUUUCAUUUUUAUUCUGAGUUACUUUGUUCAUCUUUUGUUUUUCAUUAAAGCUGCAUUUUGAGUCUCAUUCCUCGUCUGCCUCAUCACAGAAAGACUGACCUAAAAAUGGAUCUAGCAGCUGUCAGAAUUCUGCCCCUUCAGCAAGGGGACCGUCCAGUUGAGGAUCACGUCUGUGAGUUUCUAGAGCUGGCAAAUGUAGUGCACUAUCCGGACCGCUCUUUGGUGGUUUUCUUCCGGGCCAGUCUGAAUGAUGCACUGAGGGAACUGAUGCUUCCGGCUGAUCCUCACUGGACGCUCGGUGAAUGUGGAGAAGGCUCUGGAACUUUGCGGCUCCCUUUAUACAGUGGAUUAUGGUGGGAACCCCGGGCCAAAACCUGCGUCUUCGGCUCCCUGUCUCAAAGCCUUCCAUGGCUCCUAUCUCGAAGUUGUAUGAUCCGCCACUGGUGUCAGUGCAUAGGGUCUUCAUGAUCCUACCUUGCAAAUUACCCACGGCCAACGAGCCAGAAGCCUUGUCCGUCCAAGAGCCGGCGUUGUCAACUUCGGCCAUCCGGAGAAGAAUUUCUGUUCCCGAGUCUCCGCCCAUGCCCGCGACCAUGGAGGUCGUUUCCCAUUCAUCCAGGACUCUGUCUUGAGCCUGCCACAGCUCUGCCAUCAACGGCUCCACCCCCAGAGUCUUCUUCUCCAGUGGCUCCACCCGCUCUCCCGGAGACCAUUUCCCCAGCGGCUCCGCCGUCUGACCCAGUCCCUGUCCUGCGGCCACCUCCCAGGACUCCUGACCCAGUCCCCAUCUUGAGGUCAUCUCCCUGGUCUCCUGGCCGUCCACCUGAUCUGCCCUGGUCUACUUAGUCCUCUGAGCCUGCAGCGUCGCUCUGGCUCUCCAUCCCUCCAGCUCUGCCUUGGUUUCAUACCUCCCUGACUUUGCCUUGUUCCUCUGCUCCCCUUGUGCCCCCUGAACUACCUGUUUUCCCCCACACUCCAUGGACAAUUUGUUUUUUGGAGCAUCUGGAAUCUGCUCCUUAAGGGGGGUCUCUGUCACAUUCCCUGAUUUUGUGUUGAAAUUUGUGUGUGUGUGUGUGUGUGGUUUUUUUUUUUUAAAUCCAGUUGAGCUUAGUUAAGUGUACAUUUACAAGAGCAGACACACUCUUGUAAAGCAACUUAGAGUGUACAAACCAUCCAUAUCAGUAUGUGCAUUCCAUGGGAAUGAAAGCCGUGUCCUUGGUAUUGCUAGUGCCAUUCUCUACAAGUCGCGCUACUGAAACAAACUAUAAUCUGCAUUGGUACUAAUCCCCGCAUUUGAUUCUGCAAUUUGACAAUGAAAUACGUAGCAUUUUACACUUUACACAUGUCAUUAAGCUGAGAAGAUUAACAAGAUGUGUUAAAUGAUAACAGCAGAUGGUUGCCGUUGUCUUGAUUAUCUCUUGUUACAGGAAUUGAGAGUUUCUAACCUAGUGCAAUGCAUGUCAUCUUGAAAUCUUUAACUUGCUGAACUCUGAACCGCCAGCCACUACUUGACUAGACAACCGCACCUGUAAAACAACUGUCUGUCAAGUCAUCGAACCCAGUCUUCCCUCAUUCCCUUAGUGCUGUAUGCCACUUGCUCACCUGAUUCUGCUUUCCUAAAGUAGGAAAAAGAUGAAACCAUAAACUUAUGAAUGUACAUAUAAGAUGACCGUGAUAAAGGAGUCCUGUCAUUGCAUAGACCACAUACUGUAUGCAUAGAUAUGUGCCUGUUAGGUGUAUGACAUAUUGAAUUUAGAGUCUACCAUACCUACAGCUGGAAGGUAAUUUAACAAGAAGACAGGGACAUGUGUGCAACAAGAAAUGUGGGUUAGAUAUAUCAGACUCUUCCUUUGAGAGGCAAGAAGAGAACGGACAGCAAGAAAGAUGAUGUGAUUAAUGUAGUGUGGCUCCUGCAGCUUUCAUGAAAAAGUGAUGGAAUCUUGUGUACUCGGUGUGUUGGGCCCUAUAUGUAUGCUCCCCUGUGCACUAAAAGCAUGGCUACAAAAAGAAAAUGGAAACAAUGAAGUAAAGAUGCAGUGUAUGGAGGUGAUCUGUUUUAUGUAGUACUUGGAGACAACAAUCUUUUUCUGGCUAAGAACAUUUAAUCAAAUCAAAUCACUUUUAUUGUGAUUUAUAUCAAGUUUUUACCAGGAUUAUGAGGAAAUUCAGGUAUGACUUCCAAAUGAAUAAUUGCAAAGCAAGACACUGUUCUCAGUCCAUUAAUGACAAAUUAAAUAGUUUCACUGUGGGGUUUAAAAAUUCACACUGAAAACCUGGGAUUCAACAAGAAGCUUUACUAUUUAAAAAAAGUUAAAACAAAGAAAUGUUA